AUGACAACAUACAAUCGAUUAAAUCAAGAAAAAUCAAAGGAAUUUGCGUUAGUAAAGCCCGAAAUCAAACCAAAGAAAACCUGUCAACCGAAACCAAAGGAGGAUAGAGAUAAAUAUAUAUCAGCCUAUUCCAUAACGGAAUCAAAAGCAGGUGGCAUAAUAGAAAAUUUACGUGCUGUAGUGAGGAGCACUGGAGUAAUGGACAGGAGCUCUGGGAAACUGUAA